AUGGGAAAGGGCCUCAUCCACACACUCACGCAGCACUCGUUCAACAUGUCCUCUGCCGAACGAACCUUCAAAAGCGACAACGACGACGAAGUCGCCCAACCAACGUACAGGCGCGACACGCAGAGAGCCCUCGGCAUAAUCAUAGAGUCGAUCAACGUCGACCAAUCCCAACAUGUGGACGUACAUACCCGUGCAAUGGAGGCCUACCUUGCGCUCCAAAGGCAUCAUGAACCCCAAACACACGUGGAAAAGAUCGCUUUGCUCACGGAGUACCACGCGAUCAGCUGGGAGCCCAAGCGGGAAACGCUCUCCAGCUUCAUUGAGCGGUUCCAAAACCUCGUUCGGAAACUGCGCGAUGCGGGAUGCGCUCAAGACGAGUACAUGACGGUCGCCAAGCUCUUGGCCCUCAUGCCAUGGUGCCUACUUAUUGUAUUGCAUCAAAUCAACUUGAUGCAUGAAAAUUUGCAAACAGUUACUGUUGCUCGAACACUUCUCGAGGCCGAAUACAAGGCCGCAGUGGCCAACCGCGCCCUUCAAGCCCCUGGCAACGCAGCCGGCGAAACACGGGCGCUUGAUUCUAUGGACAGCGGCCGCAGCCGAGGAAAAGGCGGUGGUCGAGGCGCCGGACGCGGCCAAAUGCGUGAAGGGAACUGGCACCACUGUGGCAAAGCAGGACACUGGAAGUCCGAAUACCAUUCCCGACUUCGUGGCGAUCCUCCUUCGGCGACGCCAUCAAGACCCCAGAACGAGUAG